CCAACAUAUAUAUAAAUUAUCUUUUUUUACAUAUUUAUUUAUAUAUAUUAUAUUUAUUUUACAAUUAGAAAUAAUUACAUUUUGUAGUGUAUAUUGUUUUUUUUUUUUUUUUUUCUAGAAGUGUGUUUUUUUUAAUUUUUUUUCUUUUAUCUUUAUUAAUCAGUAUUUGUCAUAGUACUGAUUUUUUAAUAGGAAUGAAGAACUAAAAUUUUUCACUCCUAUAUUAUAUAUGAUAUUUUAAAAAAAGAUCCAUAAACACAUUUCUCUCUUUUUUUAAAAAGAAUAAUAGUCAUUUAUCAAAUAGUUUGUAAUCAAAGUUAAUAUAAUAAUAGUUUUAAUAAUUAAUCAUAUAAACAAAUAAAAAAAUUAAAAAAAUAUAUUUAUUGUAUAUAAAAUAAUAGUUUCAGUCAUAUCAAUAACAUCAAAUAAAUAUAACAUAAUAAUAAUAAUAAUAAUAAUAAAAUAAUCAAAAAUGAAUCAACCACCAAAUAAAUGUCAAGUUUAUUUAAAUUUAGGAAGUCCUUUAAGUGCAAUUAGUGCAUCAUAUGAUCAAAAUAGAUUAAUUGUUGCUGGUAGAGAUAUUGUUAAAAUUGUAUCACUUCAAAAUAACGAAUUUAAAAUCACAAGUAAUUUAAGAGCAGGUAAAACCCAAUCUUUAAAUUAUACUGGAAAUGAUUGUUGUUGGCAUCCCUCAAAUUCAGAGAAUCAUAAAUCAUUAAUUGCUACAGCAGCCACAAAUGGUGCAGUUGUUAUUUGGAAUUUAGUUAGAGAUGGUUCUAAAUCAGUAGAAAGAGUAUUUUCAGAUCACUCUAGAGCAGUUAAUAAAUUAGCAUGGCAUCCAGAUAAAUUAGAUUGUUUAUUAACAGGUUCACAAGAUAAUACGUUAAGAUUUUGGGAUAUUAGAGAUUCAGCCAAUGCUUCAAAAAUAACAUUUUCACCAAAAUCAGAAUCAAUUAGAGAUGUACAAUUUAAUCCAUUUCAAAGUAAUCAAUUUGCAGCAGCAUUCGAUAAUGGCACAGUUCAAUUAUGGGAUAUUAGAAAACCAACAACACCAGCUGAAAAGAUUACCUCACAUCAAGGUUUAGUUUUAACAAUUGAUUGGCAUCCAGAAGAAAAAAAUAUAAUUGCAAGUGGUGGUCGUGAUCGUGCUAUUAGGGUUUGGGAUUUCUCAACUGGUCGUUCUUUAAAUAGUGUUUCAACCAUUUCUAGUGUAUCUCGUAUCAAGUGGCGUCCAGCUAAUAAAUGGCAUAUUGCCAGCUGUUCCUCAAUCGUAGAUUUCAAUAUUCAUGUAUGGGAUGUCAAGAAACCAUAUAUCCCUUUAUUCUCUUUUACUGACCAUCGCGAUGUUCCAACUGGUUUAAUAUGGAGAUCCUCUUCCACUCUUAUCUCUUGCAGUAAAGAUAGUAACCUCUUAUUGAAUGAAUAUAAUGACGCCUAUAAACCAUAUAAACAUAUUAGAACUACUGGCAUUUCUUGGAAUAUAAAUAAUGAAAUUGCUUCAAUUAACGAUAAAAUUAAUAGAAACCAAAACCCCGACAAUGCAUUAUUACAACAACAUCAACAACAUCAGCAACAACAACAAUCAUAUCAAGCCCCAAUGCAUGCUUCAUUUUUUGCAUCUUUUAAUGUUCCAACACCUCCACCACUCCCACCACUCGUCAAAGUUGAACAGGGAGUAAUGAAUGUUUUUACACCAAAAUAUCCAAAUAUCGAUAAUAUUAAUGAUGAAAGAUAUGUUUUUGAAUAUUAUGCAAAAAACUAUAAAUUUAGGGGCGAUUCAUUUAAUAACUUAUGUCAACAUAAUCAAUUGGUAUCUUUAAACGUAAAACAAUAUCAUAUAAGUAAAGUUUGGUCAUUAUUACAGCUUUAUUUCAGUCAUUUAGAUCAAUUAAAACCAAAAGACGAAAGAGAAACUGAAGAGCAAAUAUUACAACAACAGCAACAAUUACAAUUACAAAAAGAUCAAAAAGAGAAAUCAAAAGAAGAAAAACAACAAAAAGAUCAAAACAAACAAGAUGAAAAUCAAAAGCAACAACCAGAUAAAGAGAUACAACAAGAAAAAGAAAAAGAAAAUCACCAAGAAGAAAACAGUAAAGAGAUCGAAAAAAUAAAAAAUAUUGAAACAAUUAAAAACAAUAAUAGUAAUAAUAAAGAGUUAUCAACUAAAUCGAAUGAAGAUGAUGACAAAAAAGAAAAUUUAGAUAGUAUCAAGUUUGAUGGUUUUGGUCAAUUAAAUGGCGGUGAUGUUUUCGAUCCAUCCAACGAUAUGAUGACUGCUAAAGAGCCAUCAUUAGAUUUUGCUGACUCUGGUAAUGAUCUCUUUAAUAACUUAUUAUCAGCCGAGGCCGUUACACCAUUAGUUUCAUUACCCAUCAGAGCUCCAUCUUUAGACAAUCAAAAAUCAACAGAAAACAAUUUAGAUAAAAGCAAGGAUAACAAUAAAAGGCAAAAAGAUGAUAAAGCAGAUAAUAAUAAAAAAGAUAAAGAUGACAAAAAUAAUAAUGAUAAAAGUAAAGAAAAUAAUGACUCUGAUAAAAACAGUACAGACAACAAUCAUAAAGAUAAUAAUACGUUAGGUAAAAGCAACAAUAGUAAUAAUGACAAUAAUAAUAAAGAAAAGGAUAAUAGCAAAGAGAAACAAGAUAAAAAGAAUAACAGCGAAGAUUUAAAAAUUUUAAUACCAUGUUUUGAAUUUGAAGAAUUUGAUUUCCAACCUAUUUUAAUUGAUAUGUUGGAUUGUUGUAUAGAAAGAGGUGACGUUCAAACAUGUGUAUUUAUAGUUUUAAUAUUAAAUAGGUAUAUAGAUUUAAAUAUCGACAAGAAUCAAUUGACCCGUUGGUUUGGCUCAUACAUCGAUUUAUUACAACGUUUCAAAUUUUGGAGUUUAUCACUAGAAGUUAUGAAAUAUUGCGAUGACCAAACCAUAAAUCAAGCAUCAAAAAGACACACAACCUAUAUUAGCGCAUGUUCCCAUUGUGGUAAAUCUAUCCCCCAAAAUAGUUUAAUUUGUGAAAAAUGUAACCGUAUCGCAAGUAAAUGCUCAAUCUGUCGUUUACCAGUAAAAGGUGUUUUUGUAUGGUGUCAAGGUUGUGGCCAUGGUGGUCAUUUAGAUCAUAUGAAAAGUUGGUUCAUUGACAACAAACAAAAGUCUUGCCCUACUGGCUGCACACAUAUAUGCACCCCAUUAUUCAAAUAA